AUGUCUCUGAAUACCAAUUUGGACAUGGAUUUCAAUGGUGAUAACUGGGCGGCCGAAUCUUCAGCAUUCCUUGCUGUUGGAGAAGCAUUCCUUGACCCAGCCGAGCGUCAUUUUGCCGACGAUUUCUCUGCCUUCUCUAUGGAACAAAACUUCUCUAUGGAAGACUUCGUCGACGGCUCUCAAUUCGUUGACGCUGCAGGCCCCUGCAGCUCAAUAGUGGGAUCAGUAGACGCGGUGGCGAGCAACUCUCCCAGAUUCGACACAUCGGCCCCGGUCCACCACCAGCAGGGCUUUUCUGGUUUCGUGCCGCAAGCUCCAGAAAACUUCCUAGUCGACGAUUUAGACUGGGGCGAGUUCGAUUGGAAUGCGCUGGAAGCUGAUCCCGAGUUGGCUGCAUUGACUUCAGCCUGGUCCACUGACAAUUCGCUCUGCUUCAACACUGACGACUCUUGUCUCUUCCUAGAUGCUGAAAUGUCAGCACCCCAGGAUCAAUCACAAGCGUACAAUCACCAGCCGCCAGCUUUUGUCGAUCCGAUGUCAACGGUGUUGAACGCAGCAAACGGAAGACCGCGGCAGUCGAGCCUGGUCCCUCCACCGCUCUUCUCUCAGCCGAGAUCUCUGGCCUACGGUGCUGCUGAUGAUCAUACUUCUUGCACUGCCACCACCACCAGACUCGGCCCCGAGCCAGGUCGACCUCAUCAACGAUUGAGCGUGGCGCCGGCGCAGGACAGUGUACUCAGCACCUCGUCUUCCUAUCCAUCUUCCUAUCCAUCUUUGCUGCAUCUGGGGGAAGUAAAGGGCCUGUCUGUCCCUCAACGCCCACUUCCAGGCUUCCAGCACUUCCAGAUGCAGCCAUUGGCCAACGAUGAUCGUGAAUUCACCUUCACCUACCCUGUUUCCGGUCCCCAACCUGUUUUUCCCUCGCACGAUGGGAGCUCGACGGCUGCUCACUCGACCGCCACCAGCAACGGCGCCUCGGCGACUGCUACCGAACGCAAGCAUGAGUGGCGCCUGUGUCCGCGCCAGACACGCUCAGGCCUGAGAGAGCGCCGUCAAGCGAAGCUCAAUGCUCGGGCUCGUGCCGAGGCCGCAGCCGCAGCCGUAGCUGCAGCUCGAGCAAGUCCUUCUCCCGCAUCCUCUACAUCUCCCAAUGGCAAUGGCAAUGCCAAUAGCGUCCAAGGAGGAGAGCUGCGUGCCAGUCAUCUGGAAGCAUCCAAAGGCGGGGUCUGGUACCGCGUGACCAGCGGCAGCAACACCAUAGGAUACUUCCACGACUUGCGGGCUCCCAACCAGUCUUCUGUCGUUGACUCUCGCCCUACCAAGGAUUCUGGCGCAACCAGAGUCCCCUGUCCACUCCCGCCACCGACGGUCCUGCCGCCGCCGCGACGCUCUCAACGUCUGCGCCGCCCGGCUCUCCGACGCGCAUGA